ACUUUCUCUAAGUAUAAGAUUUUUAUUUAUGUACAAUGUUUUGAAUAUUCAAUAAAAUUAUUGUAUCACAAUACUUCUCAAGACGAUUGGGUGAUUGGGACGAAAGUGUGAGAGAAGACUAUUUCUAGAAAAGAGUAUAGAAGGCUAGAAUAUUUUCACUUGUCUACCGAUAUGCGCAAAUACACGUUACCGCUGAGGUGAUGACAAUUAGAUGAGACGAUACACCCGUCCUGUCUUACGAAUGAAGGCAAGAUAUCUUAUAACAAUCGUUUUAUUGAUUGGAAUAACAAGCUUUAUUACAUGGAUGCAAUCUGGAGAAGUUACAGAUCAAACUCUUUCAAAGUCUUCUCAUGACGAAGAACAGAUUCAGAAACAACCACAGAUAAAAACACGGUCACCCAAGUCGAAGAACGAGCAGCCUGUGGUUGUUCAAACACCCGAUCUGACAAUUUUGCCAAAGAAAGAAAUCGUUUUGCGUCCACCAAUAUCGGCUUCUUCCUGGACUACACUUUCUCCUAUAAGCGAGUUAGAAAAACAGGAAUAUUACAAUGAAUUCUUCAAAUCUUCUGCGUUUCAAUCUACUGAUCGUAAACAAAAACAAAGCAAUGGAAAUUUCCUUCUUCCUGUCUUGUUUUUUGAUGUUGGACCAAAUAAUUUAUACAGAUUAUUUAAAGAAACAAUACCAAUAGCAAAAGCAAUGGAGAGAACUCUAGUUGUGCCGCCUUUUCAUCGUCAUCCGAGGAUGGAAAAUUAUGUCAGAGGAAAGCGAAUAGGAAAAGAAAACUCUCAAACCUCUCAGUCUGACCGUGUGAUUGAAGUUCCAAUAUUUGAUCAAACCUACGUUGUUGGUUUGGAAACGAAUCCAUCGAAGUCUCUUGAUAUGAAAGCUCUGCGUUAUUUUGUUCCUGUGGAAUCCAUGGACAAGUUUACUAAAGGAUGUUCAGAAGAAUCAAAAACACUACUGGUCUGCGGAGAACUCGAUGAGAAGCGAAGAAAAGGAAUCCAGCUAUUUAUAACCGCAGCAAAACUCAAAUUUACGAAAACCGUUCACGUUGAAUCAUUCAGUGAUAUAAUCGAGAAUAAAACAUGGAAAAUAAAUCUAGCAAGUGCCAAUGAACAGCUUGAAGAUUCGAAGUGCGCUGGACUGGCUAUAGGACGUGGAUGUCUUGGGUCUAAGGAAGCCUGGCUGAAGCAAUAUAAAUCUAUCUCGCCUUUUAUUAGAAGACCAGUCCCAGUCAAGAUUUUGGCAAAGAAAUUUAUUUCCGACAUGAUGUCAAAUCAAGAUUUUCUUGCAAUACAUUGGAGAUAUGAUCAGAUCGACUGGAACGAUAUGUGUAAACCAACACGUCCUGAAAGUGCCAGGAAAAGAAACGCACAAAUUUGUGAACUUGCAUCAAAGCUAGAUUCCGAAGAAGGAGCUCUACUACAAAUGGGAAAGAAAAUAGUUCGAUACAUGAGGAAAAGAGGAUUAAGAAAGGCUUAUCUUGCUGGACCCCCACAGAUGAACGACACAAUUCAUAAACUACGGGCUAAAACCCCUGGACUGUUCACUAUUCAUGACGUCAGAGAGUAUGCUGCAACGAGAAGAUCGAGUACUGGAUUUUUUGAAACCAAUUACAUGAUGUCAUUCUUAGAACAAGAGAUAUGCUACUUGAGCAAAACAUUUCUGGCAAGCCCAUUAUCUUCAUGGUCUCAAUCGGUGCUUCUUGAUCGAAUGUCAGAAGGAAGAUCAACAUUUGAAAGUGUGCUGGAUGUACUGGUGGAUGGUAUACCCGGACUUCCAAAGCUCACAUGGUUGUUCCCAGAAGGAAGUUGGAGAUGACGAGAUAAACACCAACCACUAUGCGGGACUUUUUCAUUAAAGACGAAUGAAGCAUUAGCAAUGAUGAACCUUCCACUGUAUUGAGACAAGGGACCGAGGAAAAUAUUUAUGUGGCUGUAUCUGAACGAUGCGAGAACAAUGAUUUAUUCGAAUGAUAAUAUUGAGCAAAGCUGAUAGCUUGUCGAUUUAUAUUCUGAUUUCCGAUUGAAUGUUCACUGAUAUAGAGACCGAAAGUAUGGACUUUGGCGUGUGGGAGAUAUGUCCUAAAGAAAGGUCGAGUUUCUUUUUUCGGUAUGUCAUUCGAGGUUAACAUAAUCAUAAUAAUGGCAUCAGAAAACAACACCGUACCAUAAAUAAGUAGUUCAUUGCAGAAUUAUGAUAGUCGCUGAAUGUCAGUUGUUGAAUUUGACAUUUAUUCUCAACGAUAUUUAUAUCAUAUCGCAUACAUACUUUUAAAACGUAAUUUAGGUUUAUACCAAACAAAUUGCUUGAUAUUUUUUCUGCUUUAAAUUUUCGAUGACAAUCAUAAAUAACGACAUCUCUCGUAAUAUGAGUAAAUUUUAUAGUCUUUCAAGUAUGGGAUAGUUAGGUGUGUUUUAUUUAGCUUCAAUUGUAGGAAUAAGUUUAUUUAUUUUUUGUUUUAUUUUAAUCGCUGUUAUCGUAUGACCUCUAAUUAGAGACAAAUAUGAAUUCCAAUUCUAAUUUCCCAUCGUUAUAGAAACCAAAGGAAUCAGUC